CCGUGUCGCAAAUCUCAGUUUCGACAGUAAGCUCGAGUAACAGAAAGAAAAUUUAUUACCAAAAUUCGUUUACUGCUCAGUCCGUGCAAUCGUUAUUCAAGUUAGCGUUACUGUUUGGGCAUAAAAUUAGAAAUUUAAAACAAUUUUGAAAAACAUUAAUUUAAAUUUAGUUUAAAAUUCAAUAUUUUUGUGAUACCUGUGCAACCUAUGUAUGAAUGUGCACAUUGCAGCUUAAUAUUUGUCUAGCAUCAUGGACAACGUGGGAUACACGUGCAAUGGAGAUAUGUCGGAAGCAUGUGAGGAUUACAAAGAACCGAAUGGAGUGAGAAAUUGUCAAGAUGAGAGAAAUCAUGUCACGCUUGAAUUUCAUAAGCAAAGCCCUACUGCCCCAUUAGAAAAGGUGGAAUUGGACGUAAACCCAUUGCUUUAUGGGAUGGAUGAUAAACCACCAUGGUACAUGUGCUUAACGUUGGGAUUGCAGCAUUAUUUGGAAAUGAUCGGCGCCACGGUAGCGUGUCCGGUUAUCUUGGCUCCGGCACUUUGCAUGGUGGACGACGACCCCGAUAAGGCCAACCUUAUCUCCACCCUCGUCUUCAUGUCGGGCAUUAUCACCAUUUUGCAAACCACACUGGGAACCCGGCUCCCCAUCGUGCAGGGGGGCUCGGCUUCCUACCUGCUGCCCUCCCUCGCCAUCAUGAACCUCCCCCAGUGGAAAUGCCCAGAAAACAUCGACGGGAUGGGGGACGAAGAGCGGCGCGAGUUGUGGCAAAUUAGAAUGCGCGAAAUUCAAGGCGCCAUCAUUUUCGCGGCCAUGUUCGAAAUGGUUUUCGCCUUUACGGGUGUCAUUGGAUAUCUUACAAAAUUUAUAACGCCACUUACCGUAGCUCCGGCAAUUGGGAUGAUUGGAUUGUCAUUUUUUAAACAUGUGACCGUACAAAUUGAGAAAAAUCCUGGUGUAGGAUUUUCAAUGUUGGGGCUGUUGAUAUUGUUUUCGCAACAUUUGAAAGAAAUCAAGGUGUGGUUACCGUUCGGGAAAAGGGAUGCAAAAGGGAGGCGCAAAAAGUUUCCAUUGUUCCAAAUAUAUCCGGUCCUCCUCGCGCUAAUUCUUGUUUGGGGUGUAACCGCAAUUCUCACCGUGAGCGACGUCCUACCCAAGGGGGACCCUGCGAGGACGGAUUUCAAAAUCAAAAUCCUGCAUCAAGCCCCCUGGUUUAGGAUUCCGUACCCAUUUCAAUGGGGCUGGCCGACGGUGUCCAUUGGUGCCGUGAUUGGAGUUCUUUGUGGCGUGAUGACUUCCACAAUUGAGUCCAUCGGAGAUUAUUAUGCAUGCGCGAUUGUUGCGAAAACUUCCGUUCCUCCCGCACAUGCGAUCAAUCGUGGCAUUUUCAUGGAAGGUUUAGGCUGUGUUUUGAGCGGAUUUUGGGGCUCGGGGAAUGGAUCGACCUCCUACGCCAUGAAUAUUGGCACCAUCGGGAUUACGAAGGUCGCGUCGCGCCGAGUAAUUGUGACCGCAGGCGCACUCAUGAUUAUUUUCGGGAUGGUGGGAAAAGUGGGGGCGCUCUUUGUGUUAAUUCCUGACCCGAUUUUGGGCGGUUUAUUCGGCUACACGUUUCCCCUCGUGAUCGCCGUCGCGAUUGGAACUUUGUCCGAAGUUUGUUUAGAAUCUAGUAGAAAUAUUUUCAUCGUGGCGUUCUCAAUUUUCGCAGGAUUGACAGUCUCCGAAUGGGCGCAAGCUAAUGCGACCGCAAUUCAGACCGGGUCAGCCGAGAUGGACAGUAUAUUCCAGAUUUUGUUAAGCACUGGAAUGUUUGUUGGAGGUAUUACUGGGUUCAUUUUGGACAACACGGUUCCAGGCACCCAAGCGGAACGUGGCUUAACGAAGCGGAAGUUGGCCGAGCAAGCCGCCAUGAUAAAUAGCGAUCCUACCUACGACAUCCCAUACGUCAUGGGGUAUAUUAACAAGGCAAAAUGGAUGAGGCUACUUCCAAUUUCUCCAACGUAUGAUCCCACCAGAUUGUCUAGUAUUUGCGGAAGGAUACUUAGAAAGCGGGACGUCACAGGGGAAACGAGGGAAGAAGAAUUAUAGAUAAUUAUGUAAUUCAGUGAAAAAUUGAAGCUCUAAAUAUGUAUUAAAUAUUUGUACGUAUAACUUAGACAAACUUCAUUUUGUUAUAAAACCUGACUUAAUUUCGAGCUUAAAUUCUAUGCACGACAAUGUUGAACGUUGUUAAUACCCACAUACAUAAAUACAUGUAGGUCCUACAUAAAUAACCGCCAAGGUCCCGCAUAAAAAGUCGGACGGUUCCAAGAACCCUCUUAACU